AUGUCUGCGCCGUCAGGUAAUGCGGGCUGGGCCCAACUAAGGCAGCAGGCCCGAACAUUAGAAACCCAGACGGAGAACCUCUUCCACACGUAUUCCCAGUUCUCGGCGGCUACAAACAUCCCUCCAAAGCCCACAGAUGAGGAGCGCAGCACUGAGAAGAAGCUUGAGGAGCUACUUCAGAAGCGCGAAACUGUCAUCGACCAGCUCGCCCGCCUCCUCGACUCCGAAGCCGCCCUCACCUCGUCUGCCCUUAAACAAAACAACCUCUCCCUCCUCCGCGAGAAGCUCUCGGGCCAUAAGCGGGACCUCGCGCGGCUGCGAUCGACCCUCCAGCAAGCUCGCGACCGCGCCAACCUCCUGACCAACGUCCGCUCCGACAUUAAUGAAUACCGCCAAAACAACCCCGAGGCCGCCGAGGCCGACUACAUGCUUGAGGAGCGCAACCGCAUUGACAACAGCCACAACAUGGCCGACAGUGUUCUUAGCCAGGCGUACGCCGUUAACGACAGUUUCAACCUGCAGCGCGAGACCCUGGCCAGCAUCAACCGGAGAAUCACCCACGCCGCGAGCCAGGUGCCAGGAAUUAACACGCUGAUCACGAGGAUAUCGGCAAAGAAGAGAAGGGACGGCAUCAUCAUGGGGGGCUUCAUCGCUUUUUGCUUCAUUCUGUUCUUCUUCCUCUCGUAA